CACUGAACAUUUGCUCUCAAUCUUAUUGUUAGAUGUAGUCAGCAUCGAUAACUAAUUCUGACUUAAGUUAUCAUAAAUUAUAAUACACCGCACAAAUAAAAUGAAUACAGUCUUUUUACUGAGCUAUAAUUUAUUUUCACUUCUUGCAUUUACAAGGGGGAGGGCUGUCGCAAGCGUUACGUAAUUAUUAAGAGGGUCAAUCACGAGUUUUGGGUUUGUUACAGCUGGAGAGGGGGUAUUCAGAAUACUCCAAAUACGUGAUUUAUGGACGGCUCCUAAGUGGCAAUGUGUCAUGCCAGCUCGCUACCUGAUUUGUAUUUUUCAUCUAGGUUCUGGUUUAUUUUGCGUACGGAAAAUGUAGUUCUAAAUGAAACAGAGAAAUAUGCGCCUACAACAAUUGGAGUUGUAAGCGCAACUUGCACUGGAAUGUCUCUAUAAUAAUUAUUCCGUGUAAUUACGUUUCGCCAGUGUCGCGUCUGGUGAUAGCUGGUUUUUGCUGCUUUUGUUUACGAAGUAUACAUUCUUGUGAUCCUUGUACACUUCCUGCUUUUGUGGCUGCAGUGGUUGGUGGGUGGUUUCUUGUUGGUUGUUGGAAUCAGAGAGUAUAUUACUUGGAAUUGGCUGGAGUGGAGUGAUUGGGUGUCAGUUGCUGUGUGACCCGUGAUACUGAAUUUUUUGAUUAUUCAUUGUGACUGGUUCGUUAGUGUGUUACCUACGAGAAAGAUUCUGCCUUCCUUGUGGACGUUGAAAAUCUACCGAAUAUGGAAGUGCAUACUGAUAUCAGAGUUUUGGAUAAUGAAGAAAAAGUCACCACUGAAUUGUGCUCUUUGGUGGAGUAUAUUGCCAACACAGCUAUAGAAGCAGAUGAUAUUUUCAAGAUUGGAUUGUCAGGUGGUUCUAUCCCAGCUCUUCUUGCGAAAGGGUUAUCACAAGUAAAGACAGAUUGGUCCAAAUGGAGAUUAUUUUUCUGUGAUGAGCGAGUAGUGCCUUUUGAAAGUACUGAGUCAACCUUUGGUGUGUACAAAACAUUCCUGAUUGGCAAUGUGCCAUUGACAGAAGAUCAGUUUAUAAAAAUCGACCCUCAUUUAACAGCGGAGGAAGCGGCAAAAGAUUAUAUACAGAAAAUGGCAGUAUAUUUUCCUCCAGACUGCCUCCCGCGUUUCCAUUUGCUGCUUUUGGGAAUGGGCCCCGAUGGUCAUACUUGCUCCUUAUUUCCGGGGCAUCGCCUUCUAGAAGAAACAUCUGUCUGGAUUGCUCCCAUUACAAAUUCUCCAAAACCUCCUGCAUCCAGGAUUACACUUACUUUUCCUGUUGUCAAUAAUGCAGAAGCUUGCAUUUUCGUUGCUAUGGGUUCUUCGAAAGCUGAAACUAUCAAGCGUGUUUUUGUUGAUAAAGAACCAUUGCCUGCAACUCGUGUGAGGCCUAUGGAGGGACUGCUCUACUGGCUGCUUGAUAAAGAUGCUGCUGCUCUUCUGAAAAAGGGUGAAGUGAAUAAUUCAUAAUAAAACUCUUUUCAACUUGACAAAAUUACAUAAAGGUUAGAUGUGUAGAAUUGUCAAACCUUAUGAGACUGAUUAACAGGGGUCACCAUCUAUAUAAUUACAUUUCUUCAGAUUCGUACAGAAAACAGUUGAUGAGUAAAUAAAUGAUGAGCGAGGUACUUCUGCCAGAUUCAAAUAUUUUACACAGUAUGGAAGAUGUAGACAAAAUGAAAAACCAUAUUGAAUACUAUAAAACAGGAAUGUAGUAAUUGUAUGUUGAGAAAGGAAAAUUAAUAUUGGUGUCUUUCCCUGCAAAUGGAAAUUGAAACCAAUUAAUAACUAUGUAAAAUGAGAUUAAUGUAAAAUAAAUACUUUUGCUUGAUUUCACCACACUUCAGAGUGAUAUGGAGUGUUUAAAUAUUUAGUCUUCUGAAAUUGUAUGGCAGACAACUUUAGAGGCCAUGUAAGGUGAUUAGGAAUCAAGAUUUCAAAUACUGGCAAGGAAAACGAAGUAGUGUCAAAUUACAUAUAUUUUUUUCAUUUCCUGGGCUUUUUAUAUAAGUUAUUUGGGGUUGUAACUUCAUAUAAGCAAAUACAUUUUGUUUAUUGUUGUUGCUCAGAAUGUAAAUUUGAUAUUUUAAUUAAUAGUGUGCUAUAUUAUCAACCUGUUAACGUCAAUCUGUUAGCAUGAAUUCCUGGGUGGAUUCAGUGGUCAAAUAAAUCAUAAUUUCAUCUUUCAUUAAUUGGGUAUUUAUAACUAUUGGAAUGUUUUCAUUAGUGGGAGGAUGAUUUGAAGAAAUGUGUGAUUACUAAAGUUGGGAAGAUAUUUAUAGAAACUUCUUCCAUAUAGCUGUGGAGUUUCAACUCUUGCAUACUGUGGUGUCUAAGGAGAGUUUUUAAAGGAAGUCUGUAUACUGACUGGAUUUUUUUGACAUUCAUAUUCUGUUGUACAGAAGUUUUACUAUGUCAAAUGCUUGGGCAUCUUGGACUAAAACGUUUGAAAAUCCAUCAGAAAUGUACUGUGUAAAAGGUUAAGAUUAGUUUGUUUUUGCUGUACAUUCACUUUCAACUUAAUUGUAUGACUCGUUGAGAUGUUUGCCCAAGUGUCAGCUUAUGUUGCAGGCAGAGUAUAUGUCAAAGCUUUAAUGCAAUUUGUCGUUGCAUACAAGAGGCGAGAAUAAAUCAGUCAGCUGAUCAACAUGACAGAAAAUUAUUGUUGUCCAGCUUCAUAUUAUGAAUCCCCGAGAAUUACACUUCAAACGGCUUCAAGAACUGUGUUUCAAACUGGAAAUAAAAUGGAAAAAGUAGGAUGGAUGUUUUGUGCACUUAGUCUCAGUUUUUUAGAAUUGUUAUAAAGAUUUUGGAGCCUAAAUAAUAUUCCUGUACUGAUAACAUUAUAGAAGUUGUAUAAAAAGCAUUACUUUGGUAUAAGGAAUACUAUUUGCAAGCAGUGUUUGCUACGAAAUCUUAUAUUAUAUUUUUUUAUCUCAUAUUUUCAACACAAUAUUUAGACCUCUUAGCAGGUUGCAUGGCUGUACAUUUGGCCUUUUGGAAUGGAUGCAAACUCUGUACAAUUCAUAUGUCAAACUUUAUGAAACAUCUCAUUUAGAGCAUAAAUUGAAAAACAAAGUUGUUCUACUUACUGUUAGAUUUGUAAGAAAAAGUUAACUCUAGAAAAUGGUUUUUCCUUUUAUGUUUUGGAAUGUUUUGCGAUGUUCUUUCUGAAAUAGUUCACUUUUUCCUCUUGAGUAUUUUAGGUUUUUUUUAUGUUGUGCUACAUAAUAUUGUUAUUCAAAAGUCUUGUUAAAAGUGAAUGAUACAGAAUUUUUGAUAGUAGCCAUGAUUAUCAUUUCCGAAAAAAAUAUUUCUUCUGUGCAGGUUUUCAUGAAGAAUAACCAUUAUGAAAAAAUAAUUUUGUAAUCAAACAUUAGUUUUGUCACCUUAGAGAUUUGUGUUUGUUGAAUAAUGCCUGUAUAUGUGGGACUAACUUUCCUCCUGGUUUUUAGAUAUAUGUAUACCCUGAAUCUUUCAUUGUUCGACUUUUGAAUCUCUACCUUUUUAUCUUAAUUUUUAAUGUGUUAAAAAUUGUCAUUAAAUGCCCUAGCCGAAUAAGAUGCUAAAAAGACCCCUGCUUGAAAUUGAAAAUAAUUUUUUUUCUAAACAUUGUGGCCACGAAAAAUAAUAUUUUCAUAAAAAUGUGUUCUCUUUGUUUUAUUUUUUUUCAUUGAUUUGGCUGCAUGAAUUUCAAGUUAGAUAUAACCGCAUCACAUCGAAAACAAUUUUUUUAGUUAUUUUUAAUUACUUGAAAGGUUCAAAAAAUUAUCAAUUUUAGAGAACUGAUUGUAAUUUAAGUGAGAAUUUCUUGAGAAAUUUAGGUGUAAUGGUGUACACUAACAUAAAUACCUAA